GAAUUAAAUAGCCUUUACUUUUUACCUUAGGAUUUAAAGUUUCGCAUGAUGUUCAUAUUUUCUUUGUACCGGUGUUAUUACAAAGGUUAUUAUUACGUAUUCCUGCGGCUCGUGUCUGAGGUUUUCAGACUACACGCAGGGACAGAGACCAGGCCUCGGCGCGGCGUGCAGACAUGACCAUGUGCACUGCUCGCCUUUUCCUGCUUCGUCUGGAUCUAAUAACGAACAGUAAUCUGCUCAAACAUCGGAUAAACUAUUUUAGUCACCUUCAUGAAGAUUUCAACUAUUUUACUGAGAUGGAGUGGCAGCCGGAUGAACAAGGCCUCCAGCAGGUCCUGCAUCUCCUGAAAGACUCCCAGUCUCCGAACACAGCGGCGCAGAGAGCUGUGCAGCAGAAACUAGAGCAGCUGAACCAGUUUCCUGAUUUCAACAACUAUCUUAUCUUCGUCCUGACGAGGCUGAAAACUGAAGAUGAGCCCACUCGAUCUCUCAGCGGUCUGAUACUGAAGAACAACGUGAAGGUGCACUAUCAGAACUUCCCCCCUGCAGUCGCGCACUUCAUCAAGCAGGAAUGUUUAAACAACAUUGGAGACCCUUCCCCUCUCAUCCGCGCCACGAUCGGCAUCCUCAUCACAACGAUUUCCACCAAAGGGGAGCUGCAGACGUGGCCGGAGUUACUGCCUCAUCUGUGCAACAUGCUCGAUUCAGAGGACUACAACAUCUGUGAGGGCUCGUUUGGAGCUUUACAGAAGAUCUGUGAGGACUCGUCUGAGCUCCUGGACAGUGACGCUCUCAACCGACCCCUCAACAUCAUGAUUCCCAAGUUCCUGCAGUUCUUUAAACACUGCAGCCCCAAGAUCAGGUCAGUCUUCCAGAGUCUGUUUGCGCUGGCCGCAGACGAGGACUCGGAGGUGCGCAAGAACGUGUGCAGGGCUCUGGUCAUGCUGCUGGAGGUGCGAGUGGACAGACUCAUCCCUCACAUGCGCAGCAUCGUUGAGUACAUGCUGCAGCGCUCACAGGACCCGGAUGAGAACGUGGCUCUGGAGGCCUGUGAGUUCUGGCUUACGCUGGCUGAACAGCCCAUCUGUAAGGACGUCCUGUCUGGACAUCUUGCACAACUGGUUCCUGUUCUGGUGAACGGCAUGAAGUACUCUGAGAUUGACAUCAUUUUGUUAAAGGGUGACGUGGAGGAAGACGAGGCCGUGCCGGACAACGAGCAGGACAUAAAGCCACGCUUUCACAAGUCUCGCACCGUCACUCUUCGGCACGAGGGUAAUGAGGCUGAGGAAGGAGAGGAGAGUGAUGAGGAUGAUGACGAUGACGACGACAGUUUGUCCGACUGGAAUCUACGUAAGUGUUCGGCGGCUGCCCUUGAUGUCCUGGCAAACGUGUUUCGGGAUGAGUUGCUGCCCCACCUGCUUCCAGUGCUGAAGGAGCUGCUGUUCCACCCGGACUGGGUUGUUAAAGAGUCUGGCAUCCUGGUGCUGGGAGCCAUCGCUGAAGGCUGUAUGCAGGAUAUGGUUCCGUAUCUGCCGGAGUUGAUUCCUCACCUGAUCCAGUGUCUCUGUGAUAAGAAAGCACUGGUCCGCUCCAUCGCCUGCUGGACCCUGAGCCGCUAUGCACACUGGGUGGUCAGCCAGCCGCCAGACCCCUACCUCAAACCCCUCAUGACCGAGCUGCUCAAACGCAUCCUCGACAGCAACAAGAGGGUUCAGGAGGCCGCCUGCAGUGCGUUUGCGACUCUGGAAGAGGAGGCCUGUACAGAGCUGGUUCCCUAUCUGAGCUUCAUUCUGGACACGCUGGUGUUUGCCUUCAGCAAGUACCAGCACAAGAACUUGUUGAUCCUCUACGACGCCAUCGGAACCCUUGCUGACUCUGUCGGACACCAUCUUAACCAGCCAGAAUACAUCCAAAAGCUCAUGCCCCCUCUUAUUCAGAAAUGGAAUGAGUUAAAAGAUGAAGACAAGGAUCUGUUCCCUUUGUUGGAGUGCCUGUCUUCAGUGGCCACAGCACUACAGAGCGGCUUCCUGCCCUACUGUGAACCAGUUUACCAGCGCUGUGUCACCCUGGUCCAGAAGAACCUCGCUCAAGCCAUGAUGUAUAACCAGCACCCUGACCAGUACGAGGCCCCUGAUAAAGACUUCAUGAUAGUGGCCCUUGAUCUGCUCAGCGGUCUGGCGGAGGGACUCGGAGCUCAUGUAGAACAGCUGGUCACCCGCAGCAACAUCAUGACCCUGAUCUUCCAGUGCAUGCAGGACACCAUGCCAGAAGUGCGUCAGAGUUCGUUCGCUCUGCUGGGGGACCUGACUAAGGCAUGUUUCCUUCACGUCAAGCCCUGCAUCGCUGAGUUCUUGCCUGUCCUGGGCCUCAAUCUCAACCCGGAGUUCAUAUCUGUGUGCAACAAUGCCACAUGGGCCAUCGGAGAGAUCGCCAUACAGAUGGGUACGGAGAUGCAGCCGUUUGUGGCUUUGGUUCUCAAUAACCUUGUGGAGAUCAUCAACAGACCUAAUACACCCAAAACUCUGCUGGAGAACACAGCCAUUACGAUUGGUCGGCUGGGAUAUGUGUGCCCACAGGAAGUUGCCCCCAUGUUGCCACAGUUCAUUCGCCCUUGGUGCACGUCACUUAGAAACAUUCGGGACAAUGAAGAGAAGGACUCAGCCUUCAGGGGCAUUUGUGUAAUGAUUGGAGUUAAUCCUGGAGGAGUCGUACAGGACUUCAUCUUUUUCUGUGACGCUGUGGCCUCCUGGGUAAAUCCAAAAGACGAUCUGAGGGACAUGUUCUACAAGAUUUUGCACGGCUUCAAGGAUCAGGUUGGUGAGGAUAACUGGCAGCAGUUCUCUGAACAGUUUCCACUGCUGCUGAAGGAGAGGCUUUCAGCCUGCUAUGGUGUGUAGACGCCGCCCCUGCUGACAUGGGAACCAACUAUUAGGUCAAAUCUACGGGAGGGUUACUGGGGAACUCAUCCAUGUCUGUUUGUGGGAACUACCUGCUGUUAGAGCCAAAGACGUGUGACGGUUUGUGAACUGGAGCGAUCCCGCUUCCUCCAGCUCUGUGCAAGAGGAUUCGAAAGAGUUAAUGUGAAAUCAACCUUUUUACUGUCACAGCUUGGCUUCUGACUUGCUCCGAAUGGGAAUGAAAGCUGAAGCUCAGGGAUCUUGAUCGGGAGGGAGGGAUCGUUCAGGCAAGAUUCACCAGCUGCUUAUUGGACAAAACCACGCCAUUCAGUAGUCCAGCCUCCGCAAAGCCUGGCUUCUCAGCCUAGAUGCCAAAACAACACACAAACUGCAACGAGCGGCAUACAUGUGCCUGAACAAAAUUUUUUUUCUUAAAGCAACAGAUCACCCGAAAAUGAAAACUUUCAAGCUAAUGUAUGUCAUCUGUAAGAUGUUGAAUAGCACAAUUAUUCUUUUACAUAUAUAACAAAAAGUGCAUUAUAGCUGCAAAUCGGACAAAAGUUAUGAUUUUAAAGUAGUUAUACAGUGUUUUCCCAAUCUCCUGAAACCAUGCAAAGGUUUGCUUGAGAAACUGGCUGAAGUUAAGUAGUUAUUAGCUUAAAGCUGUGAUAUACACAGCAUAAGUUUUAAAGUCACUUUCAACUUUUGUGUUUCAUGGAAAAUUUUCAUUUUGGGGUGUACUUUCGUUUUAAAAACUGCUAAUUAGAACACAAGAAGUUCUUAGGGUUGGCUAAUGACAGAUGCAUACAUUCAUUAUGACACAAGUACAUAUUUCUGAAUUACCUGCCUGCUUAAUUUCUUUCCACAGCUCCAUAUUGCAUCAAGCUACACUUUCAUUCCACAAAGAAACGGCUUGCUUCAUGUAUUGCUGAUAAUUCUGCUGUAGCCAGUAAAGAAACCAUAACCGAGUUGUUGAUUUAGGCCACGUAACGUUUCGUUAAGCACAUACCUUGUUUUGUUUCCUCUUUUCUUUUUGCUAAUAUAAAACGUGCAUAGCAAGAAAGGCAACAAGGUUUCUUGAUAAAGCGACAAGUAAUUAUUUUUCCUAAUUGAUCGCUGUAGUCUGUAUUUAAGCAUUAUUAUUCUUUUGUGUUGCGAACGUCACGUAAAGAUGGAUCCUGCACCAAGAAGUCACUGUAGAGAUUGAGUGUUUGCCUCUGCUGCUUUAAAAUAAAUUAUAGGGAUUUAAAUAACUAUAAUGCUUAAGGAACUUUAGUUAGUGAGUGGCAUUAUUGAUACGCACUUUCUCUUAUAAGGACUGUCUGUUUCCCCCUCAAAGAUGGGAAUCUAGUGAAGUUAUGAAGGCUGUUUUUGGUAAGAGUAAGAAUGCUUGGCUUGUGUAAGGACAAUCUAAUUAUCACAUGAGAGAGGAAGCUAUUUCUUUAAUGAGCUUAAAUUUAACACCUGGUAUAAUUUUAGCAAAGAAACUAACCUGUGUUAAUAGCAUGUAAUGUGGUAAGAUUCUCCAGUCUACAUAAUAUGCAGUUGUCCUGUAGUCAGACUGAUGAAUUGUGGGAAAACACAGUAAUGAGGAGGGUGCUGUUUGUGAGAUGACGUUUGAUUUCAAGGAUAUGUAAUCGGAAGUACAUUAUUCUGUGUCGAAGGGGUUUGGAAUUUAGGAAAGGUUUCCCAAAUCUUUUUCCAAUAUUUCUAGUUGCUUUGAACAAAUUUGAGCUGUUGUCGUGAUUUUAAAUGCUUGUUUAAGCAAUAUGCAUGUUCAUAUCUACGAAUAUCAGUUGCAUCUAAGGUUUAUUCUCUCAUCAUUAAACACUAGCUCUGACAAACUCAUUUUUAAAAUAAAUGCAUUUUUUUUAAGCUGCUUUUUUUCAUGUUUAGAUGUAUUUCACAGAUUUGAUAAGCAACCCUGUUAGACAUUUAAUUCAAGGUAAAAGAACUCAAGUUUAAUCUUAAAAUGCAAAGUUGAUAUUAAAAAAAUUGUGUGGUCAGAUUUGGAAAUCAUGCUGUAUUUAGAAUUGGUUAAUGCACUGAUGCAUUUGCUCCUGUUACUGUAAUGACAUUAUGCUGCCAAGCAGACCUGUGCUCCACCAAAACCUUAUCUUUAAUUUAAUUUUACAUUUUUUUUUUUAAAACUUUUGCAUUUUAUUUAAAACUUUUGCAUUUUAUUUAAAAUUAAGUAUUUUUGUUUAAGUGUUUAAUAUUCUUUUGUUUAAUAUAUUUUGUUUUGUGCACAUGCACAAAGAUUUUUUUAGACUUUAAAAGUUUUCCUUUUGCUUUCUUUUAGUUUUAAAGAAUUUUAUUUGUUUUAGUUUUUUUACUUUUCUGCGAUGGAGAAAUGCGUUUAGCUUAUGAUUUCUUAGAAAGUCUGCUGAAGCAUUAUGAUGUUUACCUCACCCUUCCCAGUCCUCAGUUUGGAUGUUGACUUGUUUUUCCACUAAUCACCUUUCUUCAAAUUCUUUGAACGGGGAAAUAAACAUUUUCUGUCAGAUGAAAAA